UGCUGUAUAUGAAGGCUAGGAAGUGCCUCACAGCUUUUUACAUUAAGGUAUUAGCUAUAUUUCUUACUUAAAAAUAGUAAAGUAGACAACUAGUUCUAUUUUUUUAAAUAAAGGAUUUUUUUUUUUUUUUUUUUUUUGUCCUAGGAAUUGAACUCAGGACUUCAUGCUUGCCAGGUGGGCACUGUGCCACUGAGCUAUUUCCUCAACACUUAUCUUUUUUUUGAGACAGAGUCCCACCGUGUAAUUCAGACCAGCUGUGAACUUACUAUGUAUGCUAGACUGGCCUCAGUCUCACAGCGAUCCUCCUGUCACAGCCUCCCAAGUACUGAAAUUACAGGCAUGUCCCACCAUGCCUGACAAUAAGGGAGCUCUUAUGAUGAUAUAAAAGAACAAAUCAGAAUAUCUUAACUUAACUAUAAUCACUAAAUAUUUUAUUUUGUUUGGUUUGGUAUCGGGGGACUGAACUCAUGCCUUCACAUUUGCCAGGCAGGUACUUAUGCCACUGAGCUAAAUCUCUGGCCCACUAAAUAUUUUGUAUAAAGAAUAUAUACAUACUAUAUUUCAUAAGACUUUAAAACUUUAAUUUUUUUUUUUUUUUGUCUUUUGCUUUUUUAUUGGUACCAGGGAUCGAACUCAUGACUGCCUGCUUACAAGUUAGGCGCUUAUGCCGCUGAGCUAAAUCCCCAGCCCCAAGACUUUAAAACUUUAAUAUAUUUAAUUAACUAAUUGUUUUUCAAAGCUAAUAUUAAUAGUUUAUAAUUAGUUUAUCUACAUUAAAUGUAGGCAGCUAGGAAAUCUGUUCCUAGGGAAUCUCUGUUUCACAAAUUCAUUUCAAGUCUGUUUAAAGAACUUGCUGACUGUAUUAUAAACUUAACUCUUUUACUCUAUCUAAAAGACCUUUUCAUAAUUAUGCCUCUGUCUUGAUAGGAAAAAAAUGUAAGGUAUUGAUCAGCAGAGAAGGAAAUGUUUCUGUUCUUAUGAGUUCAAAUAGGGAAACACCAGUUUUGAUAACCCUAAGGCAUCUGAAUUCUAACUCCGGAGGUCCUGCGAACAGGUUUCUGCCGCUUCCUUUUUUAUUCUGCAAUGCAGCAUUACACGGUCUGGUUGAGUGUUUUAUCAAAGGUCUAGUGACACAAAUCAUAGUUUUAAGCUGAAGGAUCCCUUAGAAACCAUGAAGUGCAGUUCCCUGUGUAUCUGCUCAGGCUGGGGAGUGGCUGGCACGGUGGACCACAUGCUCAGAAGUUGAGUAUUGUGGUUGCCUCAGGCUGCCAGCUCUGUGAUUGGCUACGUUGUGGUCUUGGGUCUUACUCAGCCUUGGCUCCAACUAUAAUGGGAAACUAAUAGUGGUACCUGCUUUGUAGGUUGGGAGAUGUUUAGGUGUAAUCUAGGAAUAGCGUAUAUAUGGCAUGAUGCCUGGGAAGUAGCAAGUCUUCAGUAAACGUGACUGAUAAAUAAUGAUGGGAAUAAUAUAUGAGCAUAUGUUGUCCUAAGAUUGCUGUAUGUCUUAAUUAUGCUGUUUGUAUCUGGGCAACUGUUUUUUCUUUUCUUUUUUUCUUGAGACAGGGUCUUGCUAAGUAGUUCAGGCUGUGCUUUAACUCACUAGAUCCUCUUGUCUCACCUUCCCAAGUGCUGAGAUUACAGUUGUGUGCCAUCAUGCCCGGCUUGGGGUGACUUUGUUUGUUUGUGUUUGAUGGUUCCGGGAUUGAUGAGCAGCUGUGUCUUUGUUUAUAUUCUUCUGGUUCACUCCUUUGUUGCUGUUCAUUCUGAACAACCUUAAUUGUUUGCUAAGUCAAAUAAUGCUUCCCAGGACCUAAACACAAGGCUCCAUGUUUACCUUAGGCACUAAACUGUGUGUGCUCCCUCUCUGUGCUCUUCUUCUUCUUCUUCUUCUUCUUCUUCUUCUUCUUCUUCUUCUUUUUCUUCUCCUUCUCCUUCUCCUUCUCCUCCUCCUCCUUCUCCUCCUCCUUCUUCUUCUUAAAAAAAAAAAAAAAAAGGAAAAUCAUGACUGUGUUGGCUUUGUCUCGAUUCCACCUGUGUGUCUCAGAUGAGCUUGUUGUGAGGCUAAACAUGCUUCUCUUGUUUGAAGGUAAGUUUUGUACAAGGAGGUGUCUAAGCAUAAGCGAUGCUCAGCUACAGCAUCAGCAGUUUGUGAUGGUGCUCGAGGAGAAACAGGCUGCAUUGGGCCUGUUGUACUGAUAGCAUGUUAGUGCGUUCCCAAAGUAUUUACCUCCUCUUUCAACGUGAGUAUAAUGUACACGUGCAGAAAAUGAACAGUAUUGUCUAUUAUAUGCCCCAUCCUACUCCCUCAAAAUUUGUUAGAAAAACAAACAUCUGUGUAGUCAUUAGUCAAGAAAUAGCAUAAUGUCAGCCCAGCAGAAGCCAGGCCAGACCUUUUCUACCAGGCAUUGUGACUCGGUGUGUACUUUUGCCUCCGCUGCUGUACUUGGAAUUGAGUCUAGGGCCUUCCCACUGAACUACAUUCAGCUUUUAAAAAAAUGUUUGUUUUUCUUUUUUGAGACAGUCUUGCUAAAUUGCCCUGGCUAGGCGAACCUCUGCCUCCGCCUCCCAGGGUGCUGGGAUUAUCGGAAUGCGCCACCACACCUGACGGGUCAGGUUUUGUAAAUGUUCAGUUUGAGUUUAAAAAGAAUGUGUAGUCUACAACACUAUGUGUACCCAGUCGGUGUGAGAGUGGCAGACAGUUGUUCAAACCCAUAGAUAGCCCUACUGCUUUGUUUUCUGUUUUUAUAUUUUCUGUUUUGAGAGUUGUACUAAAAUCCUUUGUGGCCGUGGAUUCCCUUAUAUCUUCUUACAGUUCUGAUUGCUUUUUAUUUCUUUUGAGACUGUGUUCAUAGGUGCAAUCUAAAUUGAGAUUGUGUCAUAUAAAUUUUGGUAAGUUGAUUUUUUUCCUGAAAAUUUUCCUCUUUUAUUGUUUUACUUGUUGACCAAAUGGCUGCUUUUUGUAACAUUAAUUUAAUAGCCUAAUUUUCUCUUGGUUAUUGUUAAUGUGAAAUAUAUUUUACAUCCUUUUACUUGUAGUCUUCUGUAGCUUUAUUUUAUUACUUUAUUUUGGCGAACAUAAAGCCUACGGAAAAAUUGAGUAAGCAUUCAUAUACCUGUCACGUAGAUUUCCGAACUGAGAUUUUGCCACAUUUGCUUUGUCUGCCUCUGAAUAUGUAUUUCUCAGACUUUUUAUUUCAGACUAGUUUUGACUAUAUAAGAAAGUUGCAUUUUAUUUUUAAACCCCUUAAGAUCUGGUCAAAAAUAAAACAUUUCAUUUGGUGAUCUGUUGAUAUCCUUUAAACUAAGAGAGUUUCUCUUCGAUGACAGAAACCUUUUUUAUUUAUCAGGUUUUUUUGGUGACAGAGACCGUUUUAAAGAUUAACCCAUUUGUCAUUGGAUCCCUCUGUCUAGUUUUGUUUGUUUUCUCAUGCUUAGAAUGUUUAGGUCAUUUUGUUGCUGUUUUUUGAGACAAGGUCUUGCUUUGCAGUGCAGGCUGUUCUUGAACUCACCAUGUAGCCCAGGCUGGCUUCAAACUCAUGGUUAUCCUCCUGCUUCAGCUUCCUAUGAGGAUUACAGAUAUGAACCUCCUCUGCCCAGCUAAAAUUGUCUUGAGAAGAGUACUAUAUGUGUAAUUUGUACUACUUCAUAUGAGCAUUAAUAUAUUGUAGUUGUGUUCCAUCAUUGGUGGUACUUAGAUCACCUAGUUAAAAUGUCUGUGCGUUCUUCCACUGAGGUACUAUCUGCAUAUUUAGUCUUGAAUGCUUGUUGCCCUUCUCUCCUCGUAUGUUGAAAUUAACUCCCUAGAUGAUUGGUAUUAGGAAGUAGGGCAUUUACAAGGAAGACUUAUGUCAUGACAGCGGCUGCCUCAUGAAUGAGGUUCAUGUCUUGUGAAGGGGCUUUGGGAGCUCUUCUGCCUUUCUCCAUGUGAGGACACAUAAGGAUACUAUCCUCUAUGAUCUUCACCAUCACUUUGAUUUUGGAUUUUACAGCCUCCAGAACUGUGCCGUAAAUUUCUGUUUAUAAAUUACCAUUCUAAGAUUCUUUGUUACCACAGCCUAGAUGAACUGACACCUGUUCCCUACCAAGCUUUUACCAAGUGGUGACAUUUGUGGGUAAUCUGUCCUAAUUUUAUUGGUGGUUGUAAUAUGAUGAGUUCUUAAACGUGGUUAUCAUUUCUUCUACCUGUAUUAGGUAUCAUUCUCUACAAGAGGAUUCUAUAAAUCAGAGUUUUCUUCGUCCUUUUCAAAUAACUAUGGACUGGUGUGUGCUUUUGUUUUUAUUUUCUGUGGAUGCUGUAAUGAGUAGCCAUUUCUUUGAAUGCUCACAUUUUCCUAAAUCAAUCAGUAGGGACCCCGUUCAGACUGGCGCCUGAGUCCUUUAGUUAUCUCCCAAUCAAACAUGGAGCAUUGCUUUCUUAACACCUGGCUCGCUUGGUGUUAUUCUGUCCCAGAAGUGCUAUCGAUCUUUUCAAGGAACUCUACUUCAUUUUAAUAAAGAAUAUAUUAAGAAACCAAGAUCCAAGUGUUUUACAUGCUUAUUGCUAUCAAAAACAUUGCUUUUUUAAGCCUUCCCAAUGGAUGGAGAUAAGAAAUAUAUGUACCAAUUGAUAGAGCUAAUACAUAUGUGUGUUUUUAAGUUGUAGUUUUACCUUAAACCACGUAAUUUUUUGUUUUUGUCUUCUCCCCUUUCUACACAGAAUUCUCGUUCCAAAGAACCUCACUGUAUUUACUCAGUUGGUCUAUUAGUAAUUUCAGAAUUACCAUUCUAAUACUACCAUUAACAAAUCUAAAUAGAGCUCACAUUUUUGUUUUGUAGGGUUUUUGUUUUUAGUUAUUGUAUCCUUAAAACAUUUCACUGAGGGAUACGGACAGAACACUAUAGUCAAAUAUUUCUUGAAUUGAUUUUUUCAUAAAAGCCUUCUAAAAUAUUUCUUAAAUUAUUUGUAUGUGAUUUCAAUAUAAGCUUAUUGUUUCUUUUUAUAUUCAGUUUUACAGUUUGCUUUUUUUUUUUUAAAAAAAGUGUUUUUUGAAUGAGCAAAAUACAUAGUUCAAAAGGUAAAACCAUAUCCAUUCAGAGAAUUUGUAUUUCAUGAACUGCUUCCCACUCUCUCAGUAGCUAAAUAUUAUAAUUAAUUUCUGGGUUAUAUUUUCCAUUUACAUAUUUUUUUUUACCAAAUAAAAGGUCAAGUAAUUUAUACAUUCUUUAAGUUUUUCUUAUGCAAUAGCUGUGAAUAGAAUUAUAUAUAAAAUUAUUUUAUACUUUUUUAAAGUUAACAACAUAGUGUGGAUGUUUUCUAUUCUGAUUUGCAGAGAUCUUUCUUUCUCCCCUUCCCGUCUCUUCCCCUCUUCUCUCCAGUCCCCUACAUCACACUGUUGGAUAGGUGUACCAUAACCUACUAAUCCAGUCUCCUGUGGCUGGGCCUUCUAACUUCUAACUUCUUGGUAUUUUAUAGACUUUUUCUAGAUUGUGUAGUGUACAACCUUACAAUAAGUGGCUUUGCAUUUGUGGAGGAGUAUUUUCAGAGCAAGUUUCUAUCAGUUGGCUUAUUGGUCUAAGAUUAAAUGCAAAAGCGUAGUCAUGUUAGUAGAUGGGCAAAAGCGUUUGAGGAGGAGGGAAGGGCAAGCACAGGGCAGCAGGACAGGGCAGCAGGACAGGGCAGCAGGACAGGGCGUUGCGCUGUGCGGCUGCUGUGCGGAAGGAGCGGCGAGGAGGCUGCAGAAGGAAACGGGGCAGGGGAUGAAAGUGGCUGCUCGUGGUUCUGUGUACUGAGGUCAGCUCACCGAAUUACGGCACUGUUUCCUGUAUUCCCAGCUGAUUGCAGCACACUUGAUAAGCAAAGAAUUAAUGUAUUGAGCCUGAAAUUCCCUGUGUAGCCCAAGAGCUCGGGACCUUCCUGAUUCAUCCUCCCAAAUGCAGAGAUCACAGGCGUGAUCCCCCAUGCCUGGUCUCUUCUUAAUGUCUGCUCCCAAGGGGCUGAAGCAGCAGUAGGUGGUAGUGUGUUCCUCUAUCUGUUGUAUUUCUGUACUUGGUACUAAGUCCCGAGCUGUGCUGUCCAGCACUUCAGCCCCCAGCCCCAUUUAUCGACUUGAAAUUUGGCUAGUCUGAAUUGAGGCGUGCUUGCUCUAUAUUCUGGAUUCCAAAGGCUUAGUAUCAAAAAGAAUUAAAAUAAUAAUAAUUUUAAAAUGUUGAUUAUAUGCCAAAAUAGUAUUCUUUUAAAUAUAUUGGGUGGAUGACAAUGCACAGUGUAUGUACUGUUGUUGGUCCCUGACAUGCUUUGAAAUUUUGUUGUUGUUUUUCUCCUUUUUUCCUUUAAAUAAAGUGGGAAAAAAAAGAAAAGAGGAAAAAAUAUGUUGCGUUAAAUAAAUAUGAAAUUUUUUUUUUAAAUUGGUACCGGGGAUCGAACCCACUACCGCCUGCUUGCAAGGCAAGUGCUUAUGCCGCUGAGCUAAAUCCCCAACCCUCAUAAAUAUGAAAUUAAUCACUUCUUUGUACUUCUUUGUUUAAUGUGAUUUAUAGGAAAUUUAAGAUUGUAUAUGUGGCUCAAAUCAUGUUUUUAUUUGUUAGCAUGGUCUAGAGAGUUACUGAAGUUUAGGUGAAACAUUACUUCCAUUGGGUCAUAUAAGUGGUUUAUAAUCUUAGUUUGUUCCCCUCGAAGUGACACUAAUUUUGCUAAGUCGCAAAGUUGCCUAUAUUAAGGAUAUAUUUUGAUCUCUUCCAAGAUGUUCUGUUAUAAAGAUGCUUUUGUUAAAACUUCUUCAAUAGCUUCUAUUGCAGUUACUUUUUUUCUCUUUUAAAAAAAAAGCACUUUGGAACUUUCUGUUGAAAAGAUACACUUUGAGUGCUUCUGUAUCUCUCCAGAGUUUUACAUAUAUAUAUUUUCUUUUGCAAUUAGAAAUAGAUGGAGUGAUACUUUGACACCUUAAGAAUAUUCUGCUCCCAAUCGUUUUUACCUAACAGUUUAGUACCUGUUGAAGAUACUUUCCUAGUAAAUAAUUUGUUGGGGGCUAUGCAAAAUGAUUUUUUUUUUUUGUCUUUUUCCUUUUUAUCGGUACCAGGGAUCAAACUCACAACUGCCUGCUUGCAAGGCAGGCACUUAUGCCGCUGAGCUAAAUCUCCAGUCCCGCAAAAUGAUUUUCAUAUGCUGUCGUUUCUUUUUUCAUAAGUAGUAUUCUUCUGUACUGAACUAUAUUUUUCAUUCUUUUUUAAAAGUGAGAAUUAGUUAUGUGGUAUGUGGGUGAGUCACUUUAUAUAGUAAGUGUUUGAUUAGGAAAGUUGGAUACCAAUGAAAAUCAUAAAAUAUUGAAUCAUAGCUUACAUGUACAAUGGUUGUUCACUCUUCAAGGGAAAUGUACUGUAAAUCUGGUUUUUUAAAAAAAAUUUGGUUGUCAUCUUGUUAUUCGUGUAACUUGAAUUUUCAUGUAUGACAAUUACUCAGCACAGUGUAGAGUACUUACAUGUGCAGGCACUGGUGAGCACUUGCAUAGGGUGCUAAGAAGCUGCAUAACUGUACUUACCGUGGGAUGCUCUGUGGAUGUGGAACGUCUCACCUAACAUGGCGUUAAGGCAGUGACAGUUCUGGAAAUGCAGUUAAGAAACUGCGUCCUACAAAUCUUGAUUUGGAAGUGUUACAGGCUUUUGCUAGCAAUCCUAGGUUGGGAAAUAUUCUGAAGUUCAGAAGCUAUAUUGUUCUUUAGAGGACUGGAGUUACAGUACUCUUCUCAUCUUGCUGCUAUAGUUUGCAGUUUGCUCUUACUGUCUUUCUAAUGUAGCAUUGAAUUAUGAUUUCAAAUUCUACCCCUCGGUGUGCAAUUUUGCCUAAUGUUUGGUCCUCUGAAGACAUUUCCCAGUGCUUCUGAGGUCCAUCCCUCUGUGAAGCACGUCUUAGAGGCAUAUGUUAGUGGCUUUUCACAACAGUAGGGAGGCUCUUACCAGCCAAGUCCUGCUUAGUUCACUCGUAUCCUUCUGGGCUGAGCAGGAAAGAUGCAUUACUUUCUUGGCAUUAACAGUCAGUUCAUGGAAGUGAAAGGGAUUUCUAGGAGUCUGAAAUAGCCUUAGACUCCUGUCUGGAAUUGGAGAAGAUCACGGAUGGGAAGAUCCUCCUGUCCCUGGUUUUGGGUGAGCUAUGAUAAUCUUCCCGUCUUGAUGAAUUGGACCAAUGUAGUCUAGAGAUUUAAGAGAGGCCCCUGCUGCUUCUCAGCCAUAGAAUGACAGAAAUCUGCAGUUUCUGAGACUUCCAAGUGAAGACCGAGUGAGUUAUACUUAGCUGAAAAAAUGUUUACUAGGGGUAUGUGAUUGUUGAUACCUGAAUAUUUCCCAAACCUUCAUGAGUUCAUAAGUGGGGCUUUUGAGAGGCAAUUGGAUCAUGGGGGCAUGAUCAUGGGGUGGAGAUCAUCAGUAAAUUUACAGCUAAAUCUGAUGCUGGGUGAAGCCUGGUCAGAGGAGCCUGCUCACUGGGUUCAUGGCCUGAAAGAGUUUAUCUCCCUCACUCUUUGCUUCAGCUCAUCUCUGUUUUCUGACUGGCAUGACGUAAACACAUCUCUGCCAUGCCACUGGUGCUUGGAGCCAGCUGAUUAUGGACUGAAACUUUUCCAAACGGAGUCAAGAGAAAUCUCCCCUCUUAAAUUGUGGGUAUUGGGUAUUAUGUCUCAGUGACAAAUGUGACUAAGAGUAUCUCUUAAAGCCAAGGGACUUUUCAUUAAAGAUGUCUUCUGUAUCUCUAUUAUUUCUUUUCAGAUUGGUAAAAUAGAUACUUUAAAGUCUUUCAUGCAAUAGAAUGUCUGUGAGUCUGUGAGUUAUACAGCUAUGAUCUCAGAUUCUAGAAUACCAGAUCAACAUUCUUUUGAAGAGAUAUCUCACUUUAGGUUGACCCUAAGUCUAGAAUCAGCCAUCUUACUGCCAAAAGGAAGAGGGUGGCCAAGUGAUAAAAAGACACUUCUUGCCAUGAGUUGGUUUGGACCUUACUUCUCUAAGUGUUCUGAGGAUGUUUCCUUACUCAAAACACACUCACCUCUGCUGUUUUCACUGAUGUUAUCUGAAGAUGAACGUUUUAUUUCCAACUUGAGGAGCCAUGAGCUCGCCCGCCCUGUGGUGAAGCAGCCGGUCCGCGGAGCCAGUAACAGCGCCACAAUCACCACGAUUGUUGAGACUGGUGGGGACUGGAGCACUGGCCUCUUCAGCGUCUGCAGAGACAGGAGAAUCUGUUUUUGUGGUCUGUUUUGUCCAAUGUGUCUUGAGUGUGACAUUGCCAGAUUUUAUGGAGAAUGUCUUUGUUGGCCAUUGUUACCUGGCUCUACCUUUGCACUGAGAAUUGGCACCAGAGAGAGAUAUAAAAUACAGGGCACCUUGUGCGAGGACUGGCUGGUGGUGCACUGCUGUUGGCCACUUUCCAUCUGUCAGGUGGCCCGGGAGCUCAAGAUGAGGACCUCCCAUCUCUAUGAAAUCUGCACAGUUCCUUUGACUAAGGACACUUUGGUUUGACAGCAAGAUAACGCCUCCUCCUUACACCCCCAUACCCUCCUCUCAAAUUCCUCUUGAAGAAAGAGUGUUUUUCUCCAUAAAUGCUCACUGCAGCAGUCAGAAAAUAAAUGGUCCCUCUCUAUGGCCUCUACUGUUGUUCUUUAUUAGUCCCCUAAUAAGGAUGAAGGAAGACUUUAGUGUUUGUCUGAAUUUACUAUUCCAGUCCAGCUAUAAAAAGCACACUCUAGAGGUGAGCACUGUGCACCUGACCCUUUCACCCCAGAGUUUGGGAAGGUUGCAUUUUUCUCCAGCUUUCUACUGCCAUCCUCCCAUGAAAGAUGUCUGAGAGGUGGGAAAAACUGUCCUGUGGCUUUCUAUUACCAAACUAUUUUCCCUAAAGAGUCUGUGUCAGUAGCUUACACUCACAGUGAGCACUUAGUAUCACUAAAAUAUCCAGGCCAUUAUCCUUUUCUUGUCCUGAUGCCUUCCAUUUUGGUUGCAUAAAUGUGAACGCUGAAGAUUGGUACCAAUCUUUAACAUUUCCCUAACACCAGCAAUAUUUUUGCCUUAGGUGGCCACAGUUUUAGGUUGAAUUGUGUCUCCUGCUUCCCCCAAACCCCACAAAAGUACCUGUGACUGUGACCUUAUUUGGAAAUAGGGCCUUGCAAAUUUAAUCAGGUUCAGUUGAGGUUAUUAGGGUGGGUGCUAAUCCAAUACGACUGGUGUCUUUAUAAGAAAAGAAGAGACAUAAUUAUAGACACACAGAGGGAAGAUAUCCAGGUGAAGACAGGAAGAGGCUGGAGCUCCACUACCACAAACCAAGGAAUGCCGAGGGCUGCUGGAAGCUGGAUGGACCAAGGGAGCAUCAUCUCCCAGAGGUUUUUAUGAAGCAUGGACCUAUCAUCAUCUUGAUUUUGGAUUUCUAGCCUCCACUGUGAUGGAAUCAGUUUCUGUUGUUUCUAGCCAUCUAGUUUAUGGCGAUUUAUUACAGCAGCCCUAGGAAGCUAAUACAGCCCAGUGGGCAAAUUGAAUAAUGCUCUGGUUUGCAUUGAGGGAGAAGCACAGAACAGAGCUGAAAAACCUAGGCUUUGGAGCAGAAAACCUAUGUAUAUAGUUGCACAGCUAGUAUAUACAUAGUAUGUAUAUACUAGCUGUGCAACUAUAUUUCUUACCCCCUCUGUUUUAGUUUCUUCAGCUAAUAAAGGCAAGUGGUGAUUGUAUUGACCUUAUGGGCUAUGAGAAUUAUAAAAAUCAAGAUAUUUAGCACAGCACCUAGCAAGUAAUAAAUACUCAGUGAAUAUGUAUGAUUACUAUUUUAUGACCCCCUUAUAUUUGUAGCAUAUUAUACUGAUUUUCCACUUACAGUUGGAAAACACAUAGAUAGAUAUAAAUUUUUCUUUCAAAUUAAAUUUUAGAUGAAAAUUCAGCUAAUUAAAAAUUAUUCAGUAAAUAACAUAACUUGUAGACAAUUUGGGCACACAUUGUGGGCAUUGUAAGAUACUAAUUUUCUGAGCACUUGUAUGUGCCAAGCACUGUUCAAAGGACUCUGCAUGUUUUAAGACAUUUAACCCUGAAUAUCCCUCAAGAAGGUGCUAUUUUCAUCUCUAUUUUCACAGAAGGAGUCUGAGCCACAGAUGUGUGUCUUGUGUUCUCUCACUGUUGAGACAAAAUAUCUGACACCCAAAGUGAAGCAAGGGAAGUUUUAUUUCUUAUAGUUUUGGGAGUUUUAGUCUAUACUCACUUGGCUCCAAGGCAGAAAGGCAUGGUGGGGCAGCCAUUCAUGGUCACCACAAACAGCAAAAGCAAACAGAGUAAAGAAAACUUAUGUAGGCUCCACCCCUGGGUGGGUAUAGCACUCACAUCGCCAAUCCCAGUGCUAGACAACAAACCAAUCACAAAUGCUAGGUUCAGCCAUGUCUAUGAUUGAAUGAGGCUUGGGGGGGGGGAUCUGAACACAUACCAUAACAUUCUAUCCCUGGUCUCCCAAAGACUUAUGUAUAUGCUUUAUACAAAAGACAUUCAGUUUAUCUCUAAGAGUUGUCAAAGUCUUAACAGUUUUAGCAUUGCUGAACAGUGUAAGUCUUAAGUCUCUUUUAAGAUCUAAGGCAAACUCUUAGCUGUAAGCCCCUGUAUAAAUGAAAAAUAAAGUUAAAUACUUUUAACAUAAAUGACACAAGAUAAACAUUACCAUUCCAAAAGUUAUAAACAGGGGAAUACAAAGUAUUGGAACCAAAGCAAGUCUAAAAUCCAGCAGAGCAAACAUUAAGUCUUGGAAUUUUAUACUCAGCAUCCAAAGCAAUCUGACUGUAAGCUCUAAAAGGCUUGAGUAACUCCACCCUCACUUUUAGGGGUUUUAGUUUUUGUAGCUUUUUUUUUUUUUUUUAAUCCUGUGCUGGUUAGUCUUUGUAGCUUAUUUUGGAUUAUCUAUGUUUUUGACUUUUUAAACUUUUGGGGUCUCUACUGUCCUUCUGGCUUUACACUCACUACCCUUUCAGGGGUGUAUUGUUUGGCCUCCCAGACUUUCUGAAAUCAGGCUGUCUUAACUUCAGAACUUGUGCAUUUCCAUUUGCCUAAAACCAGUGCCGCAUGGAUGCUGCUGAGGUUGCUGUCAGCUGGAGCAGUAGCCUGAAUUUUUUUUCUCUUGGCUGUAAGGGUCAAGCGCCUGCGGCUGGGCUUUCUGAACCUGAUUGUGAGGAACAGCUUUUCUGUGCUGCUACCAUUUCGGAACCUCUGGUGGCCUCUCUUGCCACUCUGGAGCACAGAAAUCUAAGGCUUUUUCCUCUGAGCAAAGUUAUUUACUUUUGCAGUUUUGAGGCUGCAAAGGGUAGAGACCUGCUGCUUUCUGGGAAGCCCCUAGGCAUCUUUUUUAUUUUUUAUUUUAUUUUAUUUAUUUAUUUUUUUUGUUUCUUUUUAGUAACCCAGGCUUUAGCUCUAUCUUUAUAGUCUACAGCUUUUUGGUCAAACCCACAUUUUGAAUCAUCCUGCUGGGUUCUUUGCUAUUGAUCCAUAACAUAAGUCUGGCUAAAAGCUCCCAACAAUAGCCAUGCUACUGCCUCAACAUUAGACUGCCUGAAAUUUCUUUUACCAGAUUAUUUCAUUGCCCUUAAUCUCAGUCUCUGGCCCUCAUUUCCACCAAAACUACUUUUGGUCCAGAACAGCCAUGGAGAGCCAAACCCCUUUGGGAAAAAUUAAAUGCUCAAUGUUGACAUUUAAUCUAUGAAUAAACACUGUCCCCUCCAAAUCAGCUAAACUAAAAUGACAACAGCAACAUCAGCAACAACAACCAACAACAAAGUCUGGCAGACAACUUUGUUAAAGGAAAAUAAACCUGUUUUUAUUAUUUCAUGCUAAAAUACAUUUUGGAUUUCACAAGCUCAUAGCUGGGGGAACAAUACACAUUUUUGGCAAAGGAGGCUUGGGUAAUCUGCAUGGGUGACCCUUCUUUGCACGAAGAGCAGAUGGCACCUUGUACACAUGUCCCAGCAUGGUUCCCCAAUGGACUCCCCCAGCCUGGAGGUGCCUUUCCCCUUUGCUGCUUCCAAGAAGUUGAGGUGGUGCACAGCAAACAGUGCUAUACUGGAGUCACAAGGCCAAGCAAGUUCCUCAGCUGCACACCAAGAGCAUCGAAUCUACACAGAACAGUGAAUGGAGACUUCAUGUGUCGAGAAUUUGAAAAUGGAUGGUAGAAUGGUUCUGAAGGGAGAUGGCUUAGGGCCAGGGCUUCUGGGUUUCUCUAGGACAUAUCAAGUCCAAGAAAAAAGCAUCUGACAGAAAUAUGUGACCCCCAGGAAAUAAUAGAUAUUUGGGUGAGAGACAGUAAGUCUGAUAUCAAACAUCAGACUCACUGAGUCAUGCAGAAAGCAUUGAGUGGUACAAGUCAGAGAAUUACCCAUCAGGGAAGUUAUGUUCUGUAUAUUUUUCUUCUUAUGAGAAAAUUCCUUUUGGUUUUUUAGGAUGCAAAAUGUGGAAGAAAUCUCUGAUAACUCCACGUGGUUAAGCAAAACCAUCACAUGCAACAGACCUUCUAAUGUAAGCUAUAUGGAUUGGUAUACACUACAAGCCAGGAAGAAAACAAUAAACAAUUUGGUGAAGUUCUCAGCUUGGCAGUGGAAUAUCCUAAGGAAAUAAAUAUCCCUGGAACUCUGUUUUGGAACAAAGAUAUUAAAAGCUUGGAAGUCCUUAACUGUUCACUUUCCUGUGAAAUAAUUUUUAUGUAUUUCAUGUAUGCAAGGUUUAUUUAUGUAAUAUUCCAUAAUGACUAAUACAUUAUACUUUAUUUUUAUUUUUUUAUUUUAACAAGAAUAAAACUGAGGAAAAAAACCAAAA